AUGAACUCAGCGGGCAGUUUUUCAAACAGCACUGCUAAUAGAAGCACAGACUUCCUGCAGGAGAAACAGGUGGCCAGCCUGGUCCAGAUGGAAAGAGUGGGGGACCGUGUGUCCGUCUGCUUUCUGCUGCUGUGCACACUCUCACGGGUUCUGUGCCAGCAGUGCGGGGGUCCGUGCUCCUGCCCCCUGCCUGCGCCGCGCUGCCCUGUGGGUGUUCCGCUGGUUCUGGACGGAUGCCGCUGCUGCCGGGUGUGUGCCGGACAGCUGGGCGAAGCCUGCAGUGAGAGGCUGGUGUGUGACGGCUGGCGGGGGCUGCGGUGUGACCACAGCGCCGGGGAGUGCGUCGGCCAGAGCGGGCUGGGCUGUGAGCUGAACGGGGUGACGUACCAGGAGGGGCAGGUGUUCCAGCCGUCCUGCACCCUGCGGUGCCAGUGCGAGGGAGGCGGCGUGACCUGCACGCGUCUGUGUGCCGAUGACCUGAAGCUGCCCACCCCAGACUGCCCCAACCCCCGCCACGUUCAGCUUCCGGGGAAGUGCUGCAGGGAGUGGGUGUGUAAAGACGCUGAAAACUCCGUGCUCCAUGACGCUAUGGCGGCCUAUAGCCUGGAGAUGAUGGAUCAGAACCAGGACUGCAUAGAGCACAGCACGGAGUGGGGUGCCUGCUCUCAGAGCUGUGGGCCAGGGGUCUCAGUCCGUGUUUCCAACAGAAACCGGGCCUGUCGCUUGGAGACACAGACCCGUCUGUGCCAGGUCCGCCCCUGCCACGCCCUCUCCCGCAGAACUCCCACCACCCCAGGCCGGUGUGAGCCCAGUUACCGGGUGGGGGUUCCGGUGAGGCUGGAGCUGUGGGACUGUGUGAGUGUGCGGGCUUACAGGCCCAGGUACUGCGGCCACUGCUCUGACGGCCGCUGCUGCAGCCCUGGCCGUAGCCACACCGUCCCAGUGGCCUUCCGCUGUCCCCGGGGGCACCUGCUGUACUACCCCGUUAUGGCAAUUGAGUCCUGCGCCUGCCACUACAACUGCCCCCACGUUGUCACCAGGGGCCCAAUGAGGCCCUUUUAGAGGGCCUUGUUCCUCAACAAAGGGGUGUUAUCAAAACAGGGUUAAACCCCUAGCACUCAUCCCCAAACACAGGAGUGUUUCCUACAAAUUGUACAACUGCUCCACAGACACAAGACUUCUUCCACAAAGGGUCCUACCCCUGGUCUAGGAACCACCUACUAUAUGUCAGACUGCCAGGGCCAAUGAAUGACAUAUUGCACACUCAGAAACACAUCAUUAUCUCCAGGUGAAACGUUCAUGCUCCACGUAAGAAGUUCAGGAAUAGAUUGUGGCGUGGAGAGCAGAACCAUAUAUAUAUACAAUCUACUCAGAUUAUCUUGCAAAGAAAAAUCUAAUGCAAUGCAACAGAAGGCUUGAAUGAGCUGGAUGAAAAAUUAGUCACUGAUUCCCUUCCUGAGGGGAAAUGUGGGUCACGCAGUGAAUAAACCUGGUGAGAGAUCCCUAUUGAGAGAUAGGACUUGAUGUGACUGAACAUGUUGGACAGAUAGAUUGACUUGUGUUGUUAACUCACAAGCACUAUCAAUUAUAAGAGUUGCACAGCAACUGAUGACUGCCAAGCCUUGCACAUCAUGCAUGUUUUGUACAAGUAUUCAGUUAAAGCUAUUGAGCUUGGAAUUUCAAUGUACUAAAAUAAUCAUAUUUUUAACUUUCAUUCAUGCCUGAGUAGUCUUAAGAGUUUUUUCAUUGUCAGAAUUAGCCAAUUAUUUCAUUCGAUUUAAUUUUAGCAUGGUGUAGUUAGUUAGUUAAGGCAAUAAUCAAUGCAAUUCUUUGACAUUUUACACAGCAUAGAAAUAUUCUAUAUGAAAUAUCUAUUUGCAACAUAAGAAAUGCCUGAUGAGCUGCAAAAAGCAACUCAUCUGUUUUUCCCCUUCUGCCCUCAACAUGCAUGGUCUCAUGCUGAAGCUGAUACACAUCCUGGCUGGCAGUAAAAAACAGGAAAUAGUAGUGUUAAAAAAGGUGACCAAAAUAAGUCAAUCGCUGAGAGGUGUGAAAAAGUGUUUGCCUCCUUCCUGAUUUCUUAUUUUUUUGCGUGUUUGUCACACUUAAAUGUUUC